UAAAAGUAGGUUGACAGGGUUGAUCAUGGUUGACAUGAACCGUCAUACCUCACGCAUUUGCCUUGCAUCGGCGUUCUUAGAAUUUCUUCGGUUUCUCUUGCUCAUUUCUCCUUUAUAGCUAUAGAAGCCACGUCAGUGUUUGGUUUGGUCUUUGUUUUCAAAGGAAGAGGCCUGGCUGAAUCUGCAGUGUCAAGAUCCUCCAGAGCUUUGCUUUGCUUGCGCGACAUUGGCGUACACUUCGACACGCACUAGUACACAAAGGAGACGACGUUCGAACACGAAGUAUGCUCCCAGGAACCCCUGCACUGCUGAAGCGUAAAUAUCACGCUGCUUUUCCCACGAACGAAACGCGGACUGUUACACAAGUGAAGACGUCUACAUGCUCACACAAAUGGGUAAUCAGAAAUUUCAGCUCUGUCCUCUUAGAAUGCAAAAGGUUCAUAGACAGCACCCAGUUCUCUCACCCAGAUUACCCCGGCAUAUCCUGGAGGUUAAAGCUCUACCCACACGGAAGCGAAACGAUACCGAACGGUCUUGAACGGAAGAAGUGGCUAAGUGUGUACUUGCAGCUCGCUGCGUGCGAUACGGAGAGCGUCGGGGUGAAAUGUGAAUUUUCUAUCGUUCGAAACGAUGGGAAGCGCACUGCGCAGACGAACGCGGAAAUGGAGCUCUCGAUGAAGCAGCCAACUUGGGGUCACGCCCGGUUCAUGGACAAAGUGGCAUUGUUGAAGGACGUCACGACUUUGCUGCCAGGAGGCGUGCUGACGAUUGUCUGCGACGUUACCAUGCGGGGACAAAUCACUCACACUGCAUUGAGAAAUGAGGGCGUAGUCGCGGUCAAGAAAUGCGACCUCAGAGACGACUUUUCGCACCUCUACCGGACGGGAACAUUGAGCGACUUCACAAUCUCGGUGAGCGACAAAGAAUUCCGAGUCCACAAGGCUGUUCUGGCUGCGAGGUCCCCGGUUUUCCUGGCCAUGCUCGAGAGCCCAACGAAAGAAAGCGAGGAGAAUAGGAUGGUUAUAGAAGACCUGAGGUCAGACGUGAUAGAACAGAUGCUGGAAUUCAUGUACACGGGCACGACAUCGGAAAUUGACAGCAUGGCGGAGGAACUCCUGCGGGCAGCCGACAAGUAUCAGUUGCCAUCCUUGAAGAUGAUGUGCGCGCAACACUUGCAGUCUCAGCUGUACUACGAAAACGCUGCAGACAUCUUGCAGCUGGCGGAUACGUACAACGUUCCGGAGCUCAAGUCGUCAAUGGUGAGCUACAUCAGCAUGCACGCUAAAGAGGUUGUCGGGACAGAAGGCUGGCGAAGGUUGGUCAAGAUGUGCCCAGAGAGUGUCACGGACAUCAUCACCUUGCUAGCUGCUUCCAAGUGAGGACAUCCUCAGGACGACUUCCUGACAUCCAUGAGGACAACCUCCGCAUGAGGACAUUCCUCAUGCAAACAGUGCCAAGCCUGAAAUGUUGCUUUGAGAUAUGUGCAUCGCAUGCAUAAAAAAAGUUAAACGAAACUUCGAAAAAUUGGGGCGUGCAACGUUGCUUGAAAGCUGCAGCAGCUGCUUUUUAGUGUGCAAAAGUGACGAGGUUGCAAGUGGAGCCACGUGCACGUUUUCUCGCAGGGCCAUCAAACAUGGCUGUCAAAGA